GCGCUUUCCCCUCAGCCACAAUGCAACAACAAUUACGCACUUGUGUCCUGCGUCCUUGGAAAACCCCUAUCCGCAUUGAUUGUGUGGGUCACGAUGAUUACGAUGGAGAGAAAUGAGAAGAGAUUGACUGACUAUACGACAAAUAGAUAGGAAGGGAGGAGCCAGGUUGCCAAGGUGAAUGUAGACUACAGUCUACUCUACGGUCUAGUCUACGGUAUAAUUCAGACCUCAUUACUAAACACGACACCGCGCUCAUGAUUGCCGCACAUCGUUCAUUAAAGGCGAUACUUAGAAACCAGAGGAAAUUAGCGUGGAAAGGAGGCGUAGCAUCACUCAAAUUGCGGUCAAGGGAACAUAAAAUACUUUAUGAAAUCUGUAUUUACUUUAUUGAUAAAUACACCCGAAACACCUUGGUUUACCUAUUUCCUUGCUGUCAUAAACUGUGCGCUCAGCUGACAUUUCAAUGGAACGGAGCGAGUCGUGUUUCUGAUCCAUCAGGAAGCUAGGACACGUCCUGGCAACAAAGCGUGACGUUGUGAGUCCUCUGGAGUUCUGAGGUGCCAGAACCCAUCGGAACCCAUAGUCUGGGGAUCAGGGUGCCAGAGGGGGGACGCGGAACCAAGUAGAACCCCACGGAACCGCUCAGAACUCCGCAAGAGUGUACGGAACCCCUGGGCCUUGCCCUGUGUCCUGGAGGAGGCAGCUGUGGGACGGACCAGGGGCGUCACGUGGCACUGCUCUGCCUGACUCCCACCCAGACCUCACCCCUCAGAGGGCCCUCUCAGUCUGCCUGCUGGGGAGAAGAGCAGGCCUUCAAUCUCAGUGGGAAGGAGGAGCAGUGCUCUGUGUUUAUUUGUGUUUUCAUUAAGCUGUGUUUUUUCAGGAUACGUGGACAGUGGAUGGGAUUUAGACAAUGAGUUUUGCAGUGAGAAUGUAGAUCACCUUGUUUUACCUAUAAAGAACCAUAGGACAUCUGAUCUGCAGUGACUAGCAGGCUGGAAAUCAACUGAUCACACCUGGCCUUUGGACUACAGAAGCGCCUCUGAGACAGUAUUGUUGGUGUGGGUGUUGUUGUGUGGGUAUGAAGACACUGGACAGCCGGUCAUUUUAACAGGGAUCAUGUACACUGUCAUCAGGGCUGAUCUGAGACAUCAGCUGUCACACUGAUAUAAGAUGACUACAUAAACAGAAUACUACACAUUCAACCAAACUCCUCUGGAGACGGGAGCCCUGUCUUUAACUUAAAUGUUUUCCCAUCUCCUCAGUGACAGUCGGUGCUAUUUGAUUUAACGUAUCUCCAGUCCAGUUGGCUCCUCAUUUCACGCACCUCGGUAGUGCCAAGUCAACUAGUUUCUCAUCACCAUGGUGAUGUCCCAGGGCACGUACACCUUCCUGGCCUGCUUUGCUGGGUUCUGGCUGGUGUGGGCUCUCAUCGUCAUGCUGUGCUGCUUCUGUAGCUUCAUCCAGCGGCAUCUGAAGAAGAGGAGGGAGGAGACGCUGAGGGAGCAGUGUCUGAGGGCCUUGGAGAUGGAGCCAUUGGAGUGCCUGGGCCCAGGGGUGUUGGGAAGGGAACCCCCCACCAGAGAGCCCCUCCAUUUCUGCCCCCCGCUGACCCUCUCCCCUCCGCUGCACAUUCUUCACUCCCUCCCACAGGGCAGCUGGGCCUCCCCUCAAGGAUACGUGGACAGUGGAUGGGAUUUAGACAAUGAGUUUUGCAGUGAGAAUUUUCUCAUCACCAUGGUGAUGUCCCAGGGCACGUACACCUUCCUGGCCUGCUUUGCUGGGUUCUGGCUGGUGUGGGCUCUCAUCGUCAUGCUGUGCUGCUUCUGUAGCUUCAUCCAGCGGCAUCUGAAGAAGAGGAGGGAGGAGACGCUGAGGGAGCAGUGUCUGAGGGCCUUGGAGAUGGAGCCAUUGGAGUGCCUGGGCCCAGGGGUGUUGGGAAGGGAACCCCCCACCAGAGAGCCCCUCCAUUUCUGCCCCCCGCUGACCCUCUCCCCUCCGCUGCACAUUCUUCACUCCCUCCCACAGGGCAGCUGGGCCUCCCCUCAAGAGACGGACAUGUUUGGAAAGCCCCCCUGCUAUGAGGAGGCUGUUCUGAUGGAGGACCCCCCUCCUCCCUACUGUGAGGUGCUGGCUGACAGCCGGGGGGGCACCAACACCAAGCCCUCCUCCCGGACCUCCAGGCUGGAGCAGCAGGAGACUGAGACCUCCAAGACUCCUCCGGUCACAGUGUUCUCAGAGCGGGGCUACUCCUCCCUGAUCCGCCUGCCCACUGCCCGACGCUGGGACUCCCUGGGGCACCUGCUGUCUACCAUGGACCUCAACCACAACACCCUCCCCACGGAGCCCCUCUCCCUGCAGGCCCAGGCCACCACUACCAUUCCCCGCGAGGGCCGGACUCACACCCAGCCAGAGCUGGGGCUCAGAAGUAUCCAGGGGCUCAGGCGGCUAGAGCAGAGCUGCGGCCUGCCCACGUCCUUCCCUCUACUGGGUCGCAGCACGGCCGUGUAAGCCUGAAUAAUCCUCCUGGAGGUGGGGGUGAGGCUGAAGCUAAGGACGCUGGGUUGAGGUGGAGAGGCGUUGGGUUGGGUUUGAGGAGGGGCGUCUGGUUUGUAGAGUUGGACUGAUGGAGGAGGUAGAGGAGGGAAAACUGCUUUCUUCUGUGCGGUGAGAUGAGGACAACCUAUCUGCCUUCCUCUCAUCAUCCCUUUUAUCUUGCUUUGUCUCCCUCCAUGUCUCGCUCUAUUCUCUCUCUCUCUCUCUGGUUGUGUUGAUCUCUCUAUUCUCCAUGGCAUCGCAGCCUGAUGCAGAGCAGCUAUUACACCGAGUGUACAAAACAUUCGGAACAUCUUCCUAAUAUUGAGUUGCAACCCCUUUUGCCCUCAUAACAUCCUCAAUUCAUCAGGACAUGGACUCUACAAGGUAUAGAAAGCGUUCCAAAGGGAUGCUGGCCCAUGUUCACUCCAAUGCUUCCCACCAUUGUGUCAAGUUGGCUGGAUGUCCUUUGGGUGGUGGAGCAUUCUUGAUACACACGGGAAAAUGUUGAGCGUAAAAAAUCCAGCAGUGUUGCAGUUCUUGACACACUUAAACCCAUGCGCCUGGUACUUACUGUACUACCAUACCCCGUUCAAAGGCACUUAAAAGUUUUGUCUUGCCCAUUCACCCUCUGAAUGGCACACAUACACAAUCCAUGUCUCAAUUGU